UGGCAAUUUUUUACCCAACCCGUUAACCCGCCCAUUACCCGCCCGUUUAAAACGGGUCUAACCCCAAAUUGAUCCCUAACGGCUAACGAUGUCGAUUUCUUUCAAUCUCGCAUGUUCUGUCUUCAUUCUAAAUCUAUCCAUCCCGGAGUUUUGUCUUCCCUCCGCUGCUGUGCCCAAUGAAUUUAUGUCGUUAGAAACCUCCAGCCGCCUCCCUUUUCUCCCCGAAUUUCGUUGCUGCAGUCUAAUAUUCAUGAGCCACCAUUUUCAGGUCGCCGCAUUAAGUCUCUGUCCACAGCUAUCUUACCCACGCUAUUCUGCUGUCCGUAUAGUUAUUACAGUCGUAAUCCCAUCUCAUCUAAACUCUAUGGUCUUUGUAUGCGCUGUUGAUAUGCUCUUCUGAUGCUAGAUUCUUGAAGUAUCAGUGCUUGUAUCUGUAGAUGGUCUGGGUUUGUCGUGUUUUUGCCUUUUUGGAUUUGAAGUCGAUGUGAGCAUAUCUCUCUUGAUAGCUGGCAGAGAAUAAGGUGUGUUUUCGCUCUAAUUUGUAUUUAGUGUUUUCGAUUGACUUUUGGAUCCUUUUUUGUGCUGAUUUGAACGAAUUUUAACUAAGUUGGAGCCGAUUUAUUGGAGAUAUUGCAAUGAGUUUACUGGGUUUGUUAUGUCAAGUAUAGUAAUUUGUUUCUGAUUUCUUAUCUGGAUUUGGAGAUGUGAGAUAAUUAUUGAAGUAAUGGUGAAAUUUUAUGUGUUUCUUGCGAUUGCUUUUCAGUGUUUGGAAUGGGGAUCACUAUUCACUGAUUGUGAAUUUGGAGGACAGUGAAACCCUAGGAUUUUGCUUUUGGGUUUUGGUGCAUUACUUUACCAUUGAUGACUUUGGAAAAUGGCUGUCGUUUAUAUUUAAUAUAAUGGAAUGAUUUGU